UUGCCGAUGCAGGAAGGUGUGAACUUCAGUGAAGACCUUGAACGAUACGCUCGGACCACCCCCAUUAGUCUUUUUUAGUUGUGGGAUCUAGCGCCUGAAUGCAGAAUCAUUUUUCAUCUUUUUUUCCACGUCUGUGAUUUAUUUUAUUUCUAAUUAUUACGCAAUUUUUAUGUGAGUGUCUAUGUAAAAGAAAGUGCGACCCAGACAUGGCUGAAGCACCGCCACCACAGGCACAACCUGUUGAAAUUGACCCUGACUUUGAGCCGCUAUCACGUCCGCGAUCCUGCACUUGGCCCCUGCCCCGGCCGGAGCUCAUCGACCCCACCGGUUCCAACACAUCCUCUCCUGCGCCGUCUGUGCAGCAGGAGCCGGGAGGGAACACAGAGUUCAUCAGUAACCUUGGUUUGUUAGAGGAAGACUAUGGAGAGUACGCAGAGCUGAAACCGCCUUGCACUAUUUUUCAGUGUAGGGAAGGAAACUGUGUGCAUUUACAUCACCGCCAUCAUCAUAAUCAUCAUCACCUCCAACAGCAGCAACUACCGGCUCCUCAGCUGCCUCCUCAGCAACAGGUGCCUCCUCCAGGGGUCCCACCCUUGGGUGUCUCCGGUCAGAGGAAGAUCAGCUCGUCCCGUCGCAACGCCUGGGGUAACAUGUCAUACGCUGACCUCAUUACCAAAGCGAUAGAGAGUUCACCUGAGAAGAGGCUGACGCUGUCACAGAUUUACGACUGGAUGGUCAAAAGCGUGCCUUACUUUAAGGAUAAGGGAGACAGCAAUAGCUCCGCGGGUUGGAAGAAUUCCAUCAGACACAACCUGUCCCUGCACAGCCGUUUUGUGCGCAUACAGAACGAGGGAACGGGCAAAAGUUCCUGGUGGAUGUUGAAUCCAGAGGGGGGGAAGAAUGGAAAAUCACCUCGACGCAGAGCUGCCUCCAUGGACAACAAUAAUAAGUUUGUCAAAAGCAGAGGAAGGGCCACAAAGAAAAAGAUGUCUUUACAGGAAGAAGUUGAAGGGGGAGCAGGCAGUCCUGGAUCCCAGUACCCUAACUGGCUGGAAAGCCCAAACUCCCACAGUAACGAGGACUUGGAGGCCUGGAGCUCCUUCAGAACACGCACAAGCUCUGAUGCUAGCACUCUGAGUGGACGCCGUUCACCCUUCCCUUCUGAGCAGGAUGAUCUCAGGGAGUCUGAUGGCCAUAUGAUGUAUCCUGGAACGUCAGGAACCAAGAUUGCAUCCACCCUUCCCAGCCUCUCAGAGUUGUCUGGAUCCAUGGGCCAACACGGCUCAGAACAUGUUAUGGAGAGUUUGCUGGAUAAUCUGAACCUCUUGUCUCCCAACACCCCACAGCUGGGCUCAGACUCUUCACAUACCUCAAAUGCUAGGAUGCUUCAGAGGAACUCCUACAGCUCCACUGGUUUGACCCAAGAGUACCAUAAGUGCAUGUACAGCCAGGUGAGAAUGAACUCAAUGUCCCCCGCUCCCAUGCAGACACUUCCAAAGACCAAGCCUGGGUUUGGAACAUAUGAUAACCAAUAUAUGUGUCCUGCAGGCCUCCUUAAAGAACUACUGACCGCAGAUUCAGACACCAGAAGGGACAUAUUGCCCUCUAGUGAUACACAGGUGUCUGAGGUUAGGAGAGGAAGUUGCCUAAUGCCCACUUAUAGCAGUCAAAACCAAGUGGGGGGUCAUAGUGGAGUAAAAAUUCUGAAUACCCAUCAGAGUCACACAGCUCUUCAUGUAAAUCCACAUGCUAUACAUAGCCAAGGUCCUGCUGCCUCACGAGACUUGAAUAGCUGUAACAUGAUACCCUUGACUAGUCUGACUAGUCUUUCAGGGGCCCCUCCAAGAAUGACCAGGCUGAGGACGUCUAUGCAGCUCUCCCAUGGACAUCCAACACACACAAAUGAUUUCUCAGCAAGCUACAUCAACAGCUACAGGGAACUAAACUUAGCUCACCCACAUGGUCACCAUCAGGAGCGGCUGCCCAGUGACCUGGACAACAUGUCCAUCGAGAGGUUUGAGUGUGACUUAGAGUCUGUCCUGCAUGACACUCUCAUGGAUGGUGGUGCAUUAGACUUUAACUUUGACCCCACAGCUGGACCUCAUGGGUUUUCCCAGAGAGUAAAGACGACCACACACAACUGGGUGCCAGGCUAGGAUACAGAGUGGAUGACAAGCAGGUUUUUCCCUACAGCGCUCUGCUGCUCUCCUUCAUCCAGAACUGGAAAGUAUAGAUGGAGACCCCCAUCACCACUCUCUCUAAAAAUCUGACCAAGUUAUUUUGAAACAUAUACAAAUCCACACGAGACAAUUACUUUAUAAUAAGAACUAAUGAGCUCACUUUAUUUCAUAAUAAAGUCAUCUUUAUACUGAAAUAUAAAGGGUAAAUCAAACAACGAACAGAAAUGCAUUGUGAUGGCAAAGAAUGUGCAGCAGCAUAUACCUGGACUACAACUCAUAGCUCAUUAUGAAAUAUGCUGAUUAUGUCACUGUUGUAGUGGUCCACAAUGCCAUAAAGCUGCCUCUAAUCACACGUACAGCCUCAAAGUCUGCGGUGCUAAACUGCAGCUGCCAGCUGUAGACUGUCUCUUCUUCAGAAGAUCUGCUUAGAGCUGGCCAUUCCAACCAGAACCUGCAGAAAAUGGAGAACCUGUUCAUAUUCAGUAAUGCCAGGCACCAAGAGUUUGCACAAAAAAACAGAACAACAGCUGUAGUGGAAAACUUUGAUGUUGGAGUUCAUCAAGAACAACAUGUCAUUAGACAGAAACCACUUUAAAAGCCACCUGAUUAACCUGCUACUGGGAAACAAUGACUGAACACGCUGGGACAAAACUUUAAUGAUAAAAUGUUUAGAUGUGGCACGUUUAAAUGUUUACAGUGCUCCUGUCACAUCUCCAGGUUAAUGGACAUCAUAAGACUAUAAAAGGAACCGAAUCAGACUGAAAUAAUUGUUUCAUAUAUAAACUGUAUGAAAGUAUUUAUUUUCAUUGUAUACGGUUAAUGGUUCUAUUGUAUUUUACAAGCUUGUAUAUUUAUGUAAAUAGGCCGUGUACAAAAUUUGGAUUGUCAUAAAGUCAUGUUUCCCUUGAAAUGAAAUAAUUCCAAAGAAAGACACCAUAGAUGAAUUAAAGUGCAUUUUUGGAAGGUUUAUAUUGGUUUCAAUUAAUGAUUUGUAUUGUGUUCAUUUUGGUUUUAUGCAGUAAAUAAGGUUUAUUUCUCCUUGUUUUUUUCUUUGUCUUUGAAGCAAUGCUCCCCUCCGUUAUUCAACCUAUUUUGGACAAAUUGUGGAUGUCACAUUUAGUGGAUAACUUAUCAUCUCUCAUUUAUACAUGAAUCUCUGUGAAUUCACCAGCUAAUUUAAUCUCUUUCUGAAAAGGGACAUUUUGGGUAAAAAAAAAACAAAAACAAAAAAAAAAACACAGGAGUUGUUGGUGGCAUCUUAAAGGUCUAUAAUGGGUUGCCACUUAGUAA